GAUGAUGGAUCCUCAUCGUUUGCGAGUGCAGUGAAUGCCAUCUUGGGCUCAAAGCUGAAGAAAUAUGAUCGUGAAGACCCAAUAUUUGCACGUUCGAAAGUUACCAUAAAGAAGGCAGAGAGUGAGAAACUGGAGGCAAAGGCAAGAAGAGAAUUGCUUGCUGAGAAGAAGAAGAUCUAUGAUAAGGAUAGAGUCAGAGAUCUCCUGCCAAAGGAUGAUUCAAAUGCCAGAGCCAUUUUGGAACAUGAGAAGAAGUUGAAGAAAAUCGCACAAAGAGGUGUUGUUCGUCUGUUCAACGUGAUAAUGACGACUCAAAAUAGAACCAGCUCUGAGGUAUCACAGACUAAAGUCUUGGAUGGUGAAAAGAAAGAGAAACUGAUCAGUGAAAUUUCAAAGGAGAAGUUCUUCGAUCUGGUCAAGGCUGCUGGUGAUAGU